UGAUAAAUUUAAUUCCGACACUCUCUCGGAUAAUCCUCUCAUAAAUGAAAUUGUUGCUUUAAUAGGACGCCUGUACAGUAUGUCUUCAUUACCAAGGAGUAUUGUUCAACUUGUAGUUGAGAGUGUUACAGAAAUGAUGAGAAGUCUGUCUACAUAUUUAAAGUCUAUAAUGGAACAAUUAGAAUUAACAUCUCAACAUGUUUUGGCAAUUUCAAACGUUUUUUCGGAUUUAUUAAAUGUUCUUGAAGAACUUGGUAGUGAGUACCUACGAUUUAAGUACUUCACAAAUUUGAAUACUUAUAUAAAACCAGAAACUUUUAUAAUUGGAGAGCAGCCGUCAUUGCAAAAAUUAAGAUCAAGAAAUGACAUUUCUAAUUCCACUGCAAUGACAUUUAAAAAAAUAGAAGGUCAAAUUAUUCCUUUAAGGAAAAUUUUUAAGUUGUUUUUAGAAUUACCAAAUAUUUUUCAAACUAUAAUGUCCUACAUGCAAAAAGAAAUGUCACUUCCACCGCAUUUACUAUCAAGUGUGUUUCAAGGCCAAAUAUGGAGGAAUUUAGUGCAAAAGUAUCCAAAUGAUAAAAUUAUACUACCACUACUAAUUUAUUUCGACGACUUUGAAUGUUGCAACCCUCUGGGAAGCAAAGCCGGUGUAUACAAAAUUGGAGCAACCUAUGUGUCCUUGGCUUGUAUUCCUCCCGAGCUUGCUACAUUAUUGGAAAAUAUUUUGGUAUGUUGCUUAUUUUACUCUUCAGAUCGAACUGCUUUUGGUAAUAAAAAGAUAUUUUCGAAACUAAUGGACGAGUUGAUAUUUCUUGAAACCCAAGGCAUAACCAUAAACUUUAAUGCCAAAAAAAUUAAUGUGUAUUUCACUGUUGUAACCGUUCUUGGUGAUAAUUUAGGACUUAAUUCAAUUUUAGGGUUUACUGAGAGUUUUCAGGCAAAUAAUUUUUGUCGUAUAUGCAAAAGUACCAAAGCUGAAAGCAAAACUCAAUUUGUGGAGGACCCUUCCCAAAUUCGUACAGAAGAAAAUUAUCUCCAAGAUGUUGAAACUCUUUCAGCUGGCAUAAAAGAACCCUGUAUCUUUAAUCAAUUACCAAAUUUUUCAGUAGCUAGGAAUACAUCAUGCGAUAUCAUGCACGAUAUUUUGGAAGGUAUCCUACGAUAUGAAAUGGCUUAUUUGAUUGACCACUUACUGACAAAAAAAUAUUUCACUUUAGAUAAUUUAAAUAAUCGAAUUUGUUAUUUUAAUUUUGCUGCAGUCGAUAUAGGAAAUCCAUUGGUUGAAAUUAAACCUGAACAUAUUAAAAAAAAAGUACCUUAUAAUGAGUGCUUCGCAAAUGUUAGGGUUUUUUUCAUAUUUCGGCAUACUUAUUGCUGACUUAGUUCCAGAAAAGGACAGUUGCUGGGAAUUGUAUACUAUACUGUAUCAAAUAAUAGAUAUUUUACUCAGUCGAAUCAUUUCAAAACAGACAAUAGAGUAUCUUGAAAUUUUAAUUGUAGAACACCACAGAUUAUAUUGCGAGUUAUUUGAUCAGACAUUAAAACCAAAACACCAUUUCAUGAUCCAUUAUCCUACAGUUAUUUUGAAUUUAGGACCUUUGAGACAUAUUUGGUCAAUGAGAUAUGAAGCAUUUCACAAAGUUUUAAAAUCUACUGCAAAUUCUGUAACUUCCAGAAAAAAUAUUCUUCUUACAUUAGCUACUAAACAGCAGCUCAGACUUUCAUAUAGAUUUUUAAGUAGACAAGGGUUUAAUGACAACAUUACUUGUGGAAAUUUUGAGGAUCUUGCAUCAUUAAAAGAUUUUUUUAUUUUGAAACAAUUACUCGAAAAGAAUCAAAUAGAAAUUGAUAAUCUGUUUCAUACGUCUUGGCUAAAAGUAAAUAGUUUUGAAUAUAAAUUAGGGUAUGCUUCUCAAAUUAAUAAUGACGAAGAAACUGAUCUACCCUCGGAUCUACCACAGUUUGGCACAAUAAAAUACAUACUUGGAAACAAAAUGCAAAAUAUAUUUUUUUUAAUAAUUCAGCCACUUCAUUUAAUCGGUCUAAAUACUCAUAUCGGUGGAUACGAAGUGUUAGAUUCUAUGUCAACGCAUGAUUCAAUAAAUUUGAUCGUUAUGCCCAUAGACCGCCUUCCAAACCACUUAUGUCAUAACAUUCAUACUAUGGCAAACGGAACUAAAGUCAUAUGUGCCCUUCAAUAAGGAUCAUGUUUUAUUUUUUUUCUAUAUACGACAAUACUAUUUUUAUUGCCAAAGAAUGUGUUAUUAAGUUUUUAAUUUUUGUUUUAUAUAUUAUAUAAUAUUGUAUAUUAUGUAUAGU